GGUUAGAGUUCUGCUUGGGCGGGUUUCCUGUUGCAUGGUUGUUGUCAAAUGUUGUUAGCAUGAAGACAACACCAUCAAGCCGCCUCCUCACAGCUGAUGUAAGUCUGUUCGGCAUGACUGGCCUAUAAUGAGGAGACAAGGAUCCCUCUCUUUUUCAAUUAGGACUGCACACUGAGAGUCAGCUUGUGGCCCUCUCCAGCUCACUCUCAUCCCCAGCUUUGCCCCCUGCAUCCUCACUCAACAGUAUUGACGCCACGGUAAAGUGACAAUGACCUGUCUAUGUAUAUGUGUGUGUGUGGGGGGGGGGUUUAUGAGGGGGAUAAAACAGCCCUGCAUCAGCAUAACCAAGCCCCAUGGUUGCUCUUUACACGCUUAGUCCGAGAAGGAGCGUUCACAUUUCCCUGAGUCUGACCUGCCUGUGCAAGUUUACUGCUUUUUGAUCCCACGUCCGCUGGCAUUUACCAAGAUCAAAAUCCCAUCUUGCUUAGCUAGGUGCAUCAGACACUUAUGGAAGCUGACUCUGCCCAUUUGCUUUGUGUUACACCAUUCAUACCCUCCAGCUACCACGCUUGUGUCCAAGUGUAGCGAGGGAGGGGGAAGAGUGCUACUUAAAAAGUCAGGACCCAUUCAUGAUCCCCUGGAUCAUCCGUGGAUGGAGUGCUGAGGUCGUAUCUCUUCUCUUUCUUCUCUCUCUGUCUUUCUUAAGGCAAGGAUCGACCGCACAUUAAUGUUGAUUAGCCGAGUAUGAAGGCGAGUGAGCAAGCAUUCAGGGGAGGCACUCCUUGUGAAUAAAUAUUUGUUAUCUUUGUUUGCAUAGUAAGGGGAGCUUCCUGUCUUUUAAAUAGUAAAGAAGCACUUACAUCUGACCCCGUGUUUGCCCUGCUGUCUGUUUGCUAAGGAGAAUUUACAAAAGCUUGUUAUUUUUUGGUGUUAUUGUGAAAGAUGCUCACACAGCAUUUAUUUUAGUUUGCUUGUUGUGCAUAAUGCUAAUGCAUAAUUCAUUUUUAAAUGGUAAGUAGGGCAGUAAGACUAAAAGGAUUCUCUCACUCUCCUUAGAUAUACAUAAUGUACUAUUCUUUGAAUGCACUGUGGCAAAAAAGGUUGUAAAAUACUGAUCUAAAUGUACGGUUUAUAGUAGAUACACAUUAAAAACACACACACACUAUAACUGGAUUUUAUGACUAACACCCCAAAGCAUUGCUUUCUCUCAUUUUAGGGGUUGGAGAGGGACCCAGUGUGCUGAACACAGGCUGGUGGAGCUACUUUACAUGAGCAGAGCAGCCAUUGGCCAACAGCUCUGACACUCAAACAGCAAGUACUCUCCUACUUCCUCUGUCCUCCUUUCCUGGUGCAGCCUAAGAGGAGGGAGGGGGAAUGGAUCUUUUCUGUGUGAGUCGCUGGAUCUCCCUCAGCCUGCUCCUUACCACCUGUCCUUGACUUACUGUUCCCAGACGAGACGGAGUGGAAGCUUCUCCUGCUUGCUCCUCCCUCAGGCACCUUUCUCUGGCUGUGUUUAUGUGAGCAGCAGCAUUUAAUCUUCACGUCUGUUCCCCCUGUCUGUGUGUGUGUGUGGCUGUUUUUCUUUUUUUCUACCUGUGGUGCUUCAGCGGAGUGGCGAGGAGAGGAGCGUUCAUCCUCGGCCGGUGGAGCUCUGCUGAUGGGAGGCGGUACUGGCUCAGGCUGGGACUGGGGAUGCUGAACGGGGGGAGGGAGGGCCUGUUUGAGCUGGGACAGCAGCUCCAGCAGCAGGGGGAGUACCAGGCCGCCCUCCACUGCUUCCUGAGCUGCCUGUUGGGACUGACCCAUGUGCAGAGCUUCAACUCUCUGCCCAACUGCCUCCACCAGGUGAGCCAGAUGCCAAAAACACACACAGUCUUUCAUAUUGUGUUUCUCUCUUUCUGCCUUUAUCUUACACACAGUCAUGCAUAUCUCACAUAUCUAAUUUAUUAUAUACUUACCCAGCUUUGUAUACACAUUUACACCACUUCUCUUCUAGAGCAGACCAUAAAUUACCGCUUAGCAAAGCAGGCAGGACACAUUCAACCUUGAUAUCAGCAACACCAAUGUCAGCUCCAACAGCACACUCUAUCAUGUGUCCCUGUGUUCACACUGUAAGACCAAUUCUGCAGUACUUAGAGUGGGCAUGCAGCUAAAUGAGGCAUUGAAUGCAACACCACCUCAUAGUAACAAUGCAAACAGAUUACUCACACAGCUAAAAAUGAUGUAGGAUACAUUUUACAUCCGCACUAUUGUGUAUGAGUUAUGUUUUGGUAUUUUGAGGUCACAGGCAUUACAUUUUGGCAUUGAGCUACAUGCCCAAAGUCUCAGCAGAUCUCACACAAGGAUAGUUCAUGAGGCCUUUAAACAAGGAGUGGACCACAGUUCAAAUUCUGUUUAGCUGUAAGUAAUGUCAAAACAUAGCCCUGACUCAAGAGCUGUGGAACGCAUGCUAUGAGGUUUACCAGACCAAUGGCGCUGUGAAAAUGGAGAGCUGAAGUUCCUUGUUUUGACAGCCCAUUACAUCAUGCAGACACAGCAGGGAGUAAUGAUGGUAAUGAAUAAUUCAGAACUUAACCAUGUGUCUUGGCUGUUUUUCUUUGCUUUACAGAUUGCAGAGCUCUUCAUCACUGAAAAGAACUGUAUCCUUUACUAAAUCUGGGGAAAGUCAUUCAUCCCACCUGAAAUUUCACUAUCCCGCCAAGUGGUAGCAUGUAGGCUAAUCAGUAAGCUAACAGGUGAUCAUAAAGAGCUGUCUGUAGUGGAAGGCACUGUAUAUUCCAGCACAAUGGGGACUGUAGGCCGAUAAUAGAAAAUGGUGUAAACUGAGAGGAAUGAAGUGAUGUCUUUUUGGUGAGUUCAUUAUAACACAUUUGUCCCUGAAUGCAUCACGCUUUGUGUAUAGCCCAGGCUGCGUGUCAGUCUCUUAAGAGGAUUUGUGGGCUCUUAUCUUUGCACAACAGAGUGGAAGAGCACUAAUUAACCUGUAUCUGCUCCAAGUAGCCUGUUCACCGACACUUCACUGCUUCUAUAAACUAUAGCACCAUAGGACACAGAGAUAAUGGAGAGGUGUUGCAUUUCAGGAUAUGUUACCUCAGUGGCUCCUCUCCCUGUUACUGAGACACUCCAACACUUAAUGUGCCAGCUCAGGUUCUUCACCUCAGCAAGGCUUUGCUCCUUACUGUCCAAAAUAGGUCGAUUUGCUUUUGCUUCAAACUAUCAAUCACUACCAACAGGCUACUUUCCUCUCAUUACAGGCUGAAACCUUUUGACUUGCAACAUUAUUUCGCAAAAAAAAGCUGUUUAUCAUACCAAACUGGCAUUUUAUGCAAAGAAGAUGUUGUGGUAUGAUACUACGGUGAAGAUAAAUUUACAUCAAUUGUGAUUAUUAAGUUUAGAGAUUAUUUAGAAAGGAAAAUUUUACUUUUUCUUUGAGGAUGUAAAAAUAAUUUCUGGAAAUGUUUGGAAACAAUCUGAAAAAAAAAGCUAAAAGUUCAAUGCUCCUGAAUUUUCCACCACUGCUUGUCAGGGAUUCCUCAAAGCUUGGUGUCACCCCAUCUUAGUUACAGAAAAGUAGCAGGGAGAGCAGAUAUAGGGAGGUGGGACAUGCCAUCAAAAACACACUACAGAACCCACAGUGUAAUGUUAAUAACAUGGUAGGAAGAAAUAGAGUCUGGUGCUUUGAUAACAAGUUUUUUUUUACAUCAGUGCCACAUAAUAAUAGACAGUGGUGCAGACAUCUAUUGAUUGAUUAUCCUCUAUUAACUCUGGAUCUUUUUAUUCAUCCUGUUGCAUGCUGCUCCUCUGUGUUAGAGAAAGUGUCACAACAUGAGCAUCAUCACUCUUAGCUGCUUGCUUGGGCAAAUUUUCCUAAAUUUCCCUGCUGUUAUCCUGCCAGCCCACCCAACUCCAUCCAGAAGCUCCACAAGGAGAACCUGAGGACAAAGUUUGAAUUGAGCUGGGUUGUAAAAUUGGUCUGUUUGUGUUCACAUAUGUUGCCAACCCUGAAAAUUUCAGGGGUUUUGCAUGUGUGAACACGGGUAGUGGUACUGCUUGUACGGCAGGAUGGGCAUUCAUUAGAAAAUGUUUGUUUAAAACUUUGACUGUUAAAAUAGAAGAAACACAUUUGAGCCACAAACGUGAGUAUAGUGAUUCUAUUUAGAGAGGACAGUAAAAGGACUUGAUGUCAAAUUUUCAGUGGCGUGUAUUUUGUGAUAUUGAUUUUUCCAAUUGAUUAAAAAAUACUUCAUGCAAAGUUUAUCCACUGAUAGUAAUACAAAUGCAGGGGGAGUUUUUAAAACUUGUGUUUAUUUCCCUUUAAAUUCAAAGGUUGUUUUGAUUUUUUUUCAAGUAGUUCUCAUCGCAUUGUGGAGCUCAGGCUGUUAUUUUGUGGUCUUUGUGUUCCUCCAGGGAGGAAGGUGAAGGGUCAUUGUGCUCAAACAGGGGGAAGAUGUGGGAACUUUGCAGUUUCACACAGCCUUUUUUUAUCUUCAGUGGGUCCAGCAAACCAAAUACAAGUUCUGCAGGAAACAAAACUAGAUUUACAUGUUCAAAGUGUCUUGGUGUUGUGCUGCAGCUUGGGCUUUCUUCCAGGAAAUAUACUGUAAUUGGUGCAUUGAUAGCAAUAGUGGCAAUGCCAUGACCGAUUAAAGCCUGAUGUAUUGUUAUCAGAAUUGGCAGUAUCUACAAGUGACCUCUGGUUUGGAGCCAAAAGCUCUUUUGGCUGCUGAGUGUUUACUGAUGUGUUGUUCUUGAAAAGUAAAGUAUGUGGAUUCAGACAUUUUGACUUUGAACUCAAAUGAAAAGAGUGUUAGAUAAAAAUCUGGGCAGAUCCAAUGUUUAUAUGCACUUUAGACAGAGUCCGAGGCAGCUUUAGGACACUAGCCAAUCAAUAUCAGGGUGUUAAAUUCAGACAGAAUUGGUCACGUGACCGGUAGCUGUGGAGAAAAUCUUCAUGAGUUAUUUUGGAGGCAGAGAUGUGUUGCACGUGUGCCUUGGUUCGCCUUUGAUGGUGAAAGUUCUUGGCGUGUUUUAGAUUGCAGUCCAAUAACCAGCUGUGUGUUAGUUUCCGUGUGUGUGUUUGUGUGUAUAUGACCAGAGUGGAGCAAACACUCCCUGGAGAGAAUAGUGUGAGGCUCCUGUUGUGGCAUUGUUGUGGUCCGGACAGGCUAAAAAUAGCCAGCAGGAGUAGUGCUGUGACCUUUGAUGAUGGCUGUCCCCCUAAUCCUCCCUCCCAGAUGGUCCACCUCACACUCCUUUUUCCUCUGUGUCGGGUGAGUCCCUGGAGCUCAUUCAGGUAGUCUUCAUUUCGAAACACCCUGAUGUGUUUUUCCAGGCUGUUUUCCCCACAAAAUGUACAGUAUUGUACACAAAAAGCAAUGUUGCUCUCAGGGGGUUUCAAUUAGUCCUCUGAAUCGCUAGUUUUUCAUAACAUGCUGCUUUUUUAUCUUUUACAGCACAGCACAUUAAAUUAUUCAGGUGUACAUCCUCUAAUGGCUCCUCAACAUCAAUCAUCCUGGUGUGUUACAGUGAUCCUCAAAUGGAAACAUUGAAUUUUUCAUCCCUCUCUUUUUGAUGAGGACCACACUGCCUAUCAUGAGUAUAAUACAGGAUUUUAACAAUGAGGUUUUGUGUCUUGGUAUUCCACUUUAGUUCAAAUGACACAAAUCUCCCUACGAUAGAAAGAUUUUAAAUGUUUAGUUUUAUUUGAAAUAUGUUGAAGCAAAAGUGGGAACUUAACUGGCAUUAAAUGUGUUUUACUCAUGAGAGAUCCGCUGUUAAGUAGGACAUUCAGAGCCGUCGAGGCUGUGUUUAUUUUAAGCAUUCUCCAUCUCAUUGGUCUUUAAAUUCACCUGACAAGAAUCAAAGGUGUAAUUUUACAGUGGGAUGGACACUCAGUACGCAGGAUGCGUUUGAUAAAGUGGAUAGGAUCUAUUUUUAGUUUGUUUUUUUAUGGAAACAAAGCUGGCAUUCAAAGUUAUCAAAAGAAUUCUGCAGAGAAAGGAAAAAACAAAAGAUUCACAUGAAUAUGGAAACGAGAGACAGGACAGUGAAGUAGUUGUUAGAAAACAGCACACAAACAGUGACACAGGUAACAUCAGGUAAAAUCUACAGUAUACCUGUUAAAUCCAGACCUCUAAAUCAACAGUCUGUUCUGGAUUAUAUUCAAUCUGUUUGCGUGGUUGGGUGAUUGUCCGGAAAACUGAAUUAAAAACAGAGGUGAGCUGAGCAGAGAGGCCGUUUUUAUUUUCAACAACUGACUAAUCCCAGUGACAUCUGAGACUGAUCCUUCACCCAUAUAAACAGAUGGAAAAGCCCUGCAGUUUAUUCAGGCUGAGAAAAUGUUCUAUGAGGUGGCACUGAUCGAGCUCACCGCUCUUCAGGGGAGCACAGGCAAGUACUUUUGACCAUUUCAAACCACUCUUUUACUUGGUUAGUCCGAAAUUCGUAGCAUACAGUAUAUACUGUGAAAUUUUUGGUGAGCGGUCUCAUUUUGGUUUUCAGAUUUUUUGAUUAUGUUUUGUUUUCAUUGUAAUUCCCUUCAAAAUAUCUUGUGAAUAUUAUGAUGUCUAAACAGAGGCUUUUGUUGGGUUGAUUUUAUUAAAAACCAUUAUUAUGGUAGUGUAACAAGGAGUCUUUCAGUCUCAACUUCAAAAUGCCAAAUGUGUUGGUUGUUCAGUACAUAAAUUUGUGUUUGUGAAUCAGUGUGAGAAACUACUUUGAAGUAUUUACUUUACAAUUUCUCUUGAUGACCUUUUCUGAAAUUGAAAUUACUCCAGAGAUGUUCCUCUCUCAGAUGAAGGAGUUUCAAUACCUCUGAGUGUGAGUUAAAUAGUUUUUUGAAAACUCACAGAAAAGUUUCAGGAUAUAAGCUAGACACUGUUAGUAAAAUACAGAAUUGAGGUGGAUGGGAGGAGCGGCACGGUUGAUUUAAUUUGCUAUUUCAUCUGGAGGCUGUUAGUAAAGCGGCAGGUACACUGAAGUAGUUCAGUAUUUAGCAGAUGGUGUCUGUAGUAGGCAGCUCUCCAAACUGGUUUGCGUGUGUGUGACCUGCAUCUACAAACUAACCUGCAUAUAAUGUAUAAAUUAGCCUGCAAUGUGUUCCUGCAAUUCCCUGGAAAUGGUCUCUUUACUCAUGAUGCCUAUAGAGAAUGAAGCCCCAUUUCACCGGAGUCCAUCUUUGUUUACGAUAAACCUGGUGGAGCUUCAAGCCAACGCUUGCAGCAAGGCGGCUCAUUCAUCACCUGCUCCUGCUCCAGACGUCUGCCUCUUCCUGUCUGUCUGCUGCUGAGGCAGCAGUGCAGUGUAGCGUGCUGGGCACAGUGCAGGAGAUGGGGGACAGAUGAAGUGGAAGACAAAUGUCCACGCUUGGCUCAUUAGGAGCUUUGUGUAGCUACAGAAUGCUGAAGGCCCUGAUUCAGCACUCACGCUGAUUGAAUGUGAGACUCCUUCCAGAGGCAAAGCUGGCACAAACAGCCGCUCUCCUCCCUUUCCAGUUUCUUGUUCAAACGUUCCCUUCUCUGUAUUUUCCCACAGACAGAAACAAGGAUGUCACUUUGUGGUUUCUGUAAAAAAAAAAGAUCUUUUAAAGUGAUUUAUUUGCAUUUGCUGUGGUAUGGAUUAUAAACUAAGCUUAUUUCCACUCCAGUCUUGUAGAUGUCAGGUGUGUGUGUACAGUACAUGCCCUUGUUUGUGUGCCUUAGUGUCCAGUGGGCGUGGUGUGUGUGUGUGUGUAUGUGUGUGAGUGUGUGUUGUUCAUUUCUCUUAUCCACUCUCUCCUGCCCUUAUCUCCGCUCUUGUUUCUCCAGUCUCCACUUGGUUUCACUCUGCUGUUGGGGCUAAAGUCUGCAGUAGUGCCAGACAGGCUGGUAGCCAGAAACCCAUAAAUUUGGGGCCUAAUUUGUCUUUUUCUGAAGAGAGCAAAGGACAGUGAGGAGAGAGGGACGAGUGGACGAGCAGGAGUAGAGACAGAUUUCUGACUGAUUCCAUGCCCUGCGUUUGUGUAACAGGGCCUCAGGAGGAGGCGACGCUGGGCUCUGCAGGAUGGACGACCCCAGAGGAGCUCUCGGAGCAGGCCUCCCAGGCGCAGCACCUCGAGCGGCUGGCCCAGCUGUGCAUCAUGAGCAAACAGUAGGUAAAACUGUGUCCUGUAGUAGAUUUAGUGGUGCCAAGGUCUAGUUAAAGACUAGAUUUACAGUUUUGAAAAGUCCAUUUUCUAAAUAUUUAUAAUUUAUUCUGUGUACAGUUGGAAUAUUUUUAAAUACCUCUCAUAUAUUCUGUAAAGUUAAUCCUAUAUAUGUUUUGUUGGUCCUCUAAAAGCUUUGAGAGGUGAUUUUUUUUUGCCAAAGCAAACAGUCUGUUUUAACAGUUCUCACGGAAGCAGGAGCAAGGGUCAAUAAAAACCUCAUUUGAAUAUAAAAUAUUACCCUCACAUAGAUAAAAGAGACGAUGGUGAAGUAAAAGAGAUCAAUGAUUUACUCAGGCGGCAAACAAUUUUUUCGUAAUUUAUUACUUACUUUUAUAACAUUUUAUACUUAUGUUUCAUGUAGAAAGAGCUUUAACUAUGUAUAUAUGAAAAUGCGUUUUUGAACUAAUUUCAAUUUAUGAAGUGUAUGUUUAAGAAAAUUUGAUUUUGAUAAUAUGGAUUGAAAAUUUUCCAAACUCGAAGAACGACUGCUCUGCAUUGUGUUUUUCUUGCUCAAGUUGAAUUUCCCCUGUUUAUGUGAAGAAAAGAGACACCGCACCCUCUGGUAGUGUCACAGGAGGAACACUUUAACUGGAUCUGCUGUCUCCUGUUGCAGUGGCACUUUGUUAGGCCACAGCAUGCACCUAUUUUCUGUGCCUCUGUUGUCAUUGUUGGGAUCGGGCCAUUUAACCCGAUUGCCAGAGAGGGUGACGAGGAGGUAGAAGGUUUUCUUGGCAGAGGGGCCUCAUUAAUGCACCAAGGGUUCAGUUCAGUCUUGAUAAGAUGGUACUAGUCUUGCCUUGGUGGAAAAGACGACUGGGUUCCUAUUUGAUCAGUUAUCAAAGACCACUUUCUUCUUGACUGACAGGGGCAGAUCUAGAGGGUUAUUCAAGGGGGGCAUGGGCCCCGUCUAGCUCUAAACAACGACCCUUGGUGUGUGUUUUUGGGGCACAUACUUAAUGCCAUUUUUGUAUUAGUUAUUGUUCCUGUUCAAAAAAAGUCUGAACUUCCCCCUGCUUCUUAUCAGGAAGUGAAAAUAUUUCCUGGAUUUUAAACAAUGUCAGAGGAAGUCCUUACUGCGGGUGAAGGGCUUUUCUGUCUUCGCUGAUCAGAUGUCCUGCGAAAGCAGCGCAAACUGACACCUGUCCAUUACUAAUUGAAGUGUGGUAUUUGAACAUCUGUCACACCAAAACAGAGCUUGCUCUACAUCUACAGACACACGUGAGAGUGUGAGGGUGAUGACUGCCCUUGACUUUCCAGGGAAGAUAUGAGCAGGACAGCUGGCAGAUCCUCAAUAGACCACAUCACUUUCACCGAGCUUAGCACCAUGCAGAAGAGCCAGUGAAAGGGCAGAAGUCAGUCAACAAACCUGAGGGCGCCAUGCCUUCUGUAAUUCAACCAGUGGAAAAGAAAGGAGCCGUCUGUGCUGGCAGGAAUACAAAGUUUCCACUUCCUCAGUGUCUAAUCACAGCGCCCGCGUGUUUAAAAUUCUCAUGCUGCUGAGCUCCAAACACUGAAAGCGAUAUGCUCACCUGACAGUGAAGCAUGGGUCAAAACAUUCAAUUGAGGUCAAGCGUUGUUGUUGUCUUUGGAAACAUCUAUGCAUUUAAACGGAGGAAUGCAAGGGGAGAUCUCAUGUCAGACAAUCAGGCCUUUUUAAGAGACGCUACUUUUCUUUUCAGCCCAGGGCAAAAUACUGAACUCCAGAGCAACAGGGGAAAAGUAGAGCUGUGUUAAAUUAUUCUGUUUUUUUUUUCUUUUUCAGACCUCAUCUUGCUCUGGAAUACAGCGGUAAGGUAUGUACCUCUCACCACUCUCUGAUCCCUCUCCAGAUUUAUGAACAAAUUAAAGUUUUUACGACACUCUUGAGUCAACUUCAACCCCCCUUUGUAUGUUAAUUAAUCUUUCAGGCUACAAAAAUCCACCAGAGGGCCUUUGGGAAUGACCAUCCCAUUACAGCCAGGAGCCUGGAGCUUAUGGCCACCGUCUAUGCUGAGAUCGGCAAGACUGAAUAUUCAGGUGCACAUUUUACUGGGAUUGUGAACUACAUGUAUGCAUAACAGACUCUUAGAAAUGAGUGGGUUAAUUACAUCUUUCAAAAUUAGUUUUAUUUAUUUAUUUACUGGAGCCACUGUUGAAGAAUGUAAUCAAGAUAAAAGACAAAAAAAACAUCAGUAAACCACAUAAUCUGUCAGAAGAAAACAGAAAAAUAUGAAAUAAGAUUAUCUAGAACAAGCAAACAUCAGUUCAACUUUAGAGCCCCUGCAACCCUCUGAUCAGUCAUCAGUACAUACCAACGAAUCUGUGUUUUAUUUUAGGCCUUUCUCUCAGUCUUUUGUAAUGUAAUAAAACUAGCUUAGAGCUUGACUCACAAGGAUGUAGCUUACUUCUUUAGAGAGCACUCAGCACAGUAAGAGUAAGGUUUGAAGCCAUGAAAUCCUCCUACAAACCUUGUCAACCCAUAAAAAUAUUCAAUUAUUUAACACUCGCCAUCAUGUCGGACACAGAAGGUGUUUUAUGCGGCGCUGCAAAGAAAAGUUUCCUUGUGACAGUUUGAGGCCACAGUUGUUUUGUACAGUACGUAUGCUUGGUUUGCAUUAUGAGGAAAUAACACUCUGCCUGAUUCUGAACUCUGCAUUUUUUGCGAGGACUGCUGUGGUGGUAGAAGCUGAACGUAGAGAGCAGCCGAGCUGUUGAGUCAGCGUACAGGGGCACUGAUGCCGAACAGGGCUGGCUAUACACAAAAACAAAGUGUACAGCACAGAGAGACAAAGAUUUACAACAUCAUCGGUUGUUUACCUCUUAUUUCCUUCGGCUGGGAUGGUGAAACAAUGAGCACAUGCAGGGUCAGUGAGUGGUCAAAGUUGUUUUGUAUAUCAGAAGUAGCAGAAGUCUGUGUACUUUCUGCAACCCUGGUUUUGUAUUGUACACAGAGAAAUCCUCUUUGACCCACAGAGAGAGACGUCAACAGAGGCACGUUUCACUGUUUACAGCUUGUGUUCCUUGGAUACUAAACACCGAACUGGGUCAGAUCCCUCUGUGAGCCAACAAAACACUCACGUGUUUUAUAGGUCAAAUUUGAGUAUCCAAGCAGCAGCCUCAACUGUAACAAACAAUAUUAUCACUAUUAUUCACCAAACAACAAAGGAAUACUUGAAGCGACAUUGAGGAGUUUUCAGCUGAAAUUGAGAGACAAAGAGAAAGAGAGUGUUUGUUAUUGUGUUGUUGUGAAUGUUGUGUCAAAGAAUUUAUAAUGAUUUAAGUUUUGUGAUUUAAAAAAAUUACCAAAGGAGGAUCAUUGUUGCUUUUGAAAAUUCUCUUAUGCAAGGGGAGAGCAAAAGGAGUGUUUCAGUCCAGAUUAUGACCACUAGAUAUUGCUAAAAUCCAUAUUUCAACUCACUGCCGUUUUGUCUGGUUUGUUCAGCGUCCUUCUGUUAAUCAAUCACUUUCAAUCAAAGCAGUUCUAGUUGUAAAUUACCCAUAACAGCGAGUGAUUGAUUAAUCAAUUAACUAAAUCAAUGGUUGGUCAGGUCAGAGUCUAAUUCAUCAUUCCACGCUGAUAGCCAGAGCACACUAUUAGGAUAGAGACUGAACUAGACUGAGGUUUUGAGCUCUGGUAUGUAGUUUUCACAAUCUGUGCUGAGAUCAAAUAAUAUCAGGCUCAGUCGUUAUAACCAGAGGGGAUUUUGGGUCACAUGAAAGCUUUUUAAAGAAAAAUCAUGCGCCAGUGUAACUUCAGUCCACAAAGCUGCUCUCGAGUCUUGACAGGGUUAACACAAGCGUCUUCUCUUUACCCUUAUUUGCAUGUUUGACUUUGUAUGUUUAGCCUCACCUCACCAGCUAUCUUCAAAGCAGACCGCAGUCACUUGUACGAAGCAGCACGGUCACUACUCAUGUCUGAUCAUGAUUCUCUCCCUAGACUCCCUGGGUGAGUGUGUGUCAGCACUGUCCAAACGCUUUGCUGCUGCCGAGUCCAUCAGAGACACCGUCAACGGUCUUCCUCAGUCCCAUCGGGACAAACACUCAGAGGUCCGCCACAGAAAGGACUCCCACCACCAACAGGAGGACACUCUAAAACCUAAGGUAGAGUUGACAGCACCUGCAGGCAUGUUUAGCAGUGUUACUUGAGCAGUUUGUUUGGAGAAGAUCUUUGUAUUACUGCUGUUUGUCAGAACUUAAGUAAACUCGUGUCCAAAGCAGGUGAUCAAUGGCAAAGUCCCCACGUCCAUCCUAAAGAGGCCAAGCUCCAACUAUGGGUCAGAAAUAGAACCCAAUCACAGACGGAAAGGCGAGCGGAGGGUCCGAUUCAGGGAGCCAGAGACCACAGUUCAUGGUAAGAAAACUGUCCAGUCUGGUAGUCAGAUGUCUGAGUACGUACGUGCGUGCCUGCAUGCGUGUGUGUGUGUUUGUACAAUCAUAACCUAGACUACAUGUUACGUAUUUUCCGCAGCCUCUUGGCUCGUCAUGUAAAGAAGCAAAGAUAUUCAUUCUAUUCAAGAAUCAAAGUAAUUCUGCUAAUGUCCACUGUUUCCUCAAAAUUCAUGCCAUCCCAGUUUCAGUCAGGCCCUCAACAAACAUGUAACAACAGUAUAUGUAGCAGUAAAAAAAACAAGAACAAAAUGCAUUAAAACAUCCUAUGAUUGCAUUGUUAACUGUUGUCCUUCAGGGAUUCUGUACUGUUUAAAAAUAAUGCAUUGCCAGGAGACUUCCAAACAUGAGCAAGAGAUUUACUCUAGGUAGUUAAUUAUGCAUGCAAAUGAGGCUCCGUGGAGUCUGUUCCAGAGAGAUAGUGGGGUCCAUGAGGGUAUGGGAGCCGGUCUGUAGCUGCUGUACAUCACAGAGGCUGACUGACUGUCCUCCUCUCUGUCCGCUUUACAGAUAUUCCUUACUGUGACUGUUUAGGUGGUAAGUUUGCCUGAAGGAGUUCUAUUUUAAUGAGCACAAGAAAGCCACACUUCACCACUGAGUGUAAAAGAUAUUAAUGUAUAUAUAUUAGAAUUUAGACAAAAGUUUAAUAAUAAUUAUUAUGACAUUUAACUAGAAUAUUUUAUCACAAUAUUUCAGUCUUCAUAUAAGAGAGAAAUACUAAAAAAUAUACGUUUUUCACCUCUUCUUGAUGGAUCACCAACUGAAAAAACACCACAUAUUUGAAGUCAAGAGUUCAGAUUUGAGUCCUUAUUAUAUUGACAGCUUAAUCACCAAAUCUAGUGUUAGCAUGCAGACCAUCGUUUGUGAGCAUUCCUUUCAGAUAACUUACGUAACUGGUGGCGAGGAAUUCAAAACACUCAUAUUUCAUCAAGUUACACUGUCAAGACUGAGCUAUGAAGUGGCUGAAUGCUAUUUUCUAGCUACUGUUUGUUGAGUUGAAAUAUUAAGCCCAUAGGACACUUAAGCUAAGUCAUUGCAUAUAAGAUUAACACUCAAGAAAUUGCUUGCUAGUCGUUAGCAGCAUUUAGCUAACAUAUCUGCCUGUCCCAUGUCCUUCAGAAUUUUUGGUAAUGCACUUUUAUUAAAUUAAUUUUAGCUACACUCAGCAAUCAGCUCUUUUUAGCAUAGCUGGCUAACACUGGUCCUGAUGGUAAAAAUGAAUAACGAGGAACAGUGUGUCCUAUGAAACAUAAAAAGUGACAGCUUUAAGACUAACGUUUUCUUGAGUCAGUUUAUCUUGGAGUUCAUAGUUAUUUAAGUUCCACUUUCUCCUGUUUUCCUGCCCUUACCCUGCUAUAUGAAAUGAAAGUGUCACUGAAGCUCAGUUGGUCAAUAAAGCUGUCAAUCAUGGUGCCAUUCCAUAUUUUAGAGUAGAGCAGCAGGUCCCCUUCCACAGAGGCCUUCUUCUCUCACCACCAUGUCUCUACGGGUACAUAGAGCAUAGUACAGUAGUUAUAUACAAUAGUAUAUUGAGCUAGUUAUAUACACAUAUUUGCAUGUAGAGAGUGGCUGUACAAAAUGCACCUACUGGAAGAAGAAAAAAUGAUGUGGUUGUUGUGCUCAAAGAAUUGGGGUAGUAGAUAUUUCUAAUUCUCAAUGGGGAAACUCUAAAGUAUUUCAUACUUGUAUGGUUUCUCAGGUUAAUUCUGUGGAAACAUGGAAAACAAGCUUUCUGUCUGAAUUAGUCAUUCAAGAAAAAUGACCACUGUGCACAAAAUGUAAUUUAUUUCACUUCUGGAAACUGCUGCUUGCCGUGCAUAUGAAGCCUUUCACUGUCACCUCACUGUCACAUUUCAUACUGCAAAAAAUUAACAGUACACUGUAUGUUUUUCACUACACUGUCAGUAUGAAUCACAUGAAACCCUCUAUCUAAAACAGUCCUCUCAGGACCUUGACUGUCUUUGGUAUGAGAGUAAAAGAGAGCAGCCUGCGUGCAUGUGAACAUUUAAAUGCUCAUUUACAAACCAAAAAUGUGAAAAACUGGUUUCUCGUUUGCAGCCUAUGAGGCGACACCCUCCCGCCCCCACCUGGCCCUCUUCACCUGCCUCUUCCUGUUGAUGUCAUUCCUGGGUGUGGCCAUGUACUGCACAGGCCGGCGGCGCCCUCAACGGGUGUGCGAGGAGCUGGAGGCUGUCCUGGCUGUCUAUCUGCUGCACAUGAAACAGCUGUUGUGGGGCUGCUGGAUAUGGCUGACCAUGCAGUGACUUAAUCCAACCGCAGGGGGAGCCAAAAAGCCCUUGUGUUUUUUUUAAAACCCCUCAUUUUUCCUAUCUUUGAAGGAGCCCAGGCCUGCAAACACCUCAGCCAUUUGUCUCUACUCUGCACAGAGUCUGUGGUGUUAAACCACUUUGACAGAGAGACAAGGGAGAAAUAUUUAAUCCCAGAGAUAUGUAGCUUCCAUGUCUGUAUGUAUAUAUAUCUAUAUACAUAUAUAUGUAUUAAGGUGGUGGGAAUGCCACUUCUUAUUUAAGAUGUAUUGAUUUUGCACAUGUUGAUGCUCACACACUGAAUCACCACAAAACAUGUAAUUUUUCAGUCCAUCUUACAGUCUGAUGUAUGUGAGUGAAUGUUUCCAUGGAAUGCAAAUAUUUAUUUUGUUACAGUACAAGAUUUGUGUAAAUCAGAUAUAACACAGAGCUGAAUGUGUACAUAUGGCUCUAUAUAUUAAGGACUAUCACAAUAUUCAGCCUUGUAAUUGCACAUAGAUGAAUGUAGAGAUGUUGGGACCAACUUUGAUUGGCAGAGUGCACAUGAAUGCAGGGGAGGAUGGAGGCAGAAAUGUGCAAACUGUUCGAUAACGAUCUGCGAGAAAGAAAACACAGGGCUGCUUCACUUCACAGCUACACCGGGUCGAAUGACUAACAGAUAAAAAAAACACCUCUUUCUUUACAGACUGUACCUAGCUCCACUGAGGAGGAAACCUACAGCACAAUGUAAUGACUUCUCUCUCUUUAUAUCCAUGGUUGAAGAGAAUAUACUCAAACAGAAUGGAUGCUAAUGCUUUUGACAGUGAUCCUCUUUUUAACAGCUUGAAUCCCACUAAAUAUCCUUUGUCCUAAAUGUUAUUUAUUCUUAUAUACUGUAUAUCUGCAUCUCAGCAAAUAUCCGACUUUAAAAUAAUUUGACUUUUUAAGUUUUUUGUUACUGGUUAUAUUUCUAAUUUAAGAGAAUAUAUUCAGGUUUUUAUUGUGAUGUCAAAUGCUCAUCAAGCUUUCGAAAAUUUACAGAUGGCAUCUUUGCAACACAUAAAAAAAAAACAUGCUGUCAUAUAUGAGGCCAAACAGAAAUGAAAUGCUAUAUGUUCUUGUUUAAGCCCCUUAAUCAAGUGAAGCAGAUACAUUCAAAACAGCUAACCCACCACACAAAGGGAUCGUAGGAUUCAAAGGGCACAGAGAUGCACAUCUCACAGACCUCUCAUUCAAAGCAAUAACACACAUCACGUAGUUUCCAGUAAAACAUGGUUCUUUAUAUAACAGGUUUCAGGGAACUCAAAAGGUUUUCACAUUUGAAUGUCAAAGCAAUAUGAGGCAAACAACGCCUGUAUAGAAGAAAGAAACACUGUCAACUCUGUACUGUCAAAUUAAAUUGUCAUUAGCAAUAAAACAAUACCCAGUGUAUAUGCACAUUUAGCUUAGAAGCUGCAUUUCACGGCUGUCCAGACAUUUAUGGUCACUUUGAAAGAAGUGCCUUUAUGGAGGGUUUUCUUAGUUCUUACCGUUUUAUGAUUUCAGUUGUUUCGAAUAAAACUGUCAUUGCCUAUCAAAGUCAAGCACACUACUUGCUUUCUUUCUGUUAUCUCGGACAUUAAGUGAGUGUGUGGUGUGCGUGUGUAACAGGGAGAGAGAUGCAUGCAGGUACAUUUGUGCGUCUAUUCACAGUAACACAGUAUAUUGGUUUGUAGCCUAUAAAGUGUGCAGGAGAAGCCUGAGUAGCUCUAUGCCACAAAUAGGAUUUGUUUUUUAGCUUACACAGAUUGCUAAAAGCAUUUUUUGACUGGCUGUCUCAUACAUAAAUGCUCUGAACUACAAUUUGUCUUUAUUAUAAAACACCAUUUGUAACUGCUGAUAAUCAGAAUACACUGCAAAAGCACACGUCUUUUUGCUUUGCUGCAGCAUGCAAGGAAUUUUGACUUCAUCAAGAUGCCGAGUGCACCCUACAUAAAAAGAAGCCUACUUCAGGAACACAUUUAUUGGUGUAUAAAACAAAAAGGGACAACCCCUUACAUCUAAAAACCACCACCUUAUGAAUUUACCAUGCAUUAGAUCCAUGCAGAAGUUUCACAAAGACAACAUGAUCCAUUGUCCAAUCUCCCUUAGCCAUUAAUACUGCAUUGUUAUAUAGAAACUCCAUUAAAGGCUCCAUUAAAUGGGUUUAUACUUUCAGAGCUUAACCAUAGUUGUGUGCCUUGAAGAGGCAUGGCUGAACUCAAGGAUUCGUCAAGGAUUAACAACCAUAGGGGGAUUUUUGAAGGGGAAUCAAUUACCUUUAGAGAACAAAGCUAAACCCUCUGAUCAAUGGUCGAUGGAAGCAAAAGCCAAUUUUGAUUGUCUACACAGGCAAACACUGGUGUUUCUCACAGCAGGCAGAGGACUGAACGGUUGAGUGUGAGUGACUGAGUACGUGUUUGUGCGUCCUCCCGUUUUUAGAUCAGGCCAGUCUUGAGGUCGGAGUUGCGGCGCGAGGAGCGGCCCAGCAGCAGGUCUUUCUCGUGGAUCAGGCUGUCCAGCAGGUCCUCCUGUCUGUAGUUGUGGUAGACCUUCAGGAAGGCCAUGACUGCGAUACCCAGCCAGGUGAGCCAGGCAGCCCACAGGCCGAACUGCAGAACAGACACUAGUGUGAACACGAGUGAGAUUUUGUCAGACUGACUUCAUGAUAUGAAUAAAAAGUCUCACCUGAGCUAUAGCAAACUGGUCGUAGAAAGCAGAGUUAUUCAGUCCCAGCUCAAGAUCAGUGUCCUGAAGGUCCUCACAGCUUAAGAAAGAUAUACAAACUGGUAUUUAGGAUGAUGACAACACUUUUAUGGAUCAGUCUCAAGAGUUUUUGCAGUAAUCUUUUCUACCUGCUGGGCAUGGUUCCUCCC